GGCCGACGGACGCCCCGCCGCGACGCGCCACCAACAUGCUCACCCGGGUCAAGUCCGCCGUGGCCGGGUUCAUGGGUGGAAUCAUGGCCGGGGGCAGCUCCGGCGGAGGGGGCAACACUGGUUCCGAGCUGCCGAUGAAAUUCCCAUAUAUGAGACCUCAGUUCCUUGGACUGUCCCUGGAUGAGAUCGAGUGCUCCGCGGACCACAUAGCUCGGCCCAUCCUCAUCCUGAAGGAAACUAGGAGAUUACCGUGGGCCACCGGAUACGCUGAGGUUAUUAAUGCGGGUAAGAGUGCACUGAAUGAGGACCAGGCCUGCUGCGAGGUGGUUGUAGCGAGAAGGAGGCCAAUGAGCUACUGCCCUCCCUCCACGCCCAGCAAGACCCCCACGGCCAAGAGACGCAACUCCCUGCCCAACGGAGAGGGCCUGGGGCUCCGCAUGGAGCACGGCAAGCUGGGAGAGGACAGUGAGGGACUGGUGUUCCACUACUGGGCCUUGUUUGACGGACACGCUGGUUCAGGGGCAGCAGUUGUCGCCUCUCGCCUACUGCAGCACCAUAUCGCCUGCCAGCUCCAGGCCGUUAUCGAGAUCCUACGCAACCUAGCUUCCCUACCCCCGACCGUCCUGGGCGAGGAGCCCGAAAACAACCCCUACCUCCAGGGAAACACCCCAGGCCCUCAUCGAGCCCUGACCCGUGCCGCAUCGCUGCGCGGGGCCACUGGUACGCCGGGUUCCCCGAGCAGCACCCCGCCUCCCCCACGCUUUUUUACUGAGAAGAAGGUCCAGCAUGAGAGCUUGGUGAUAGGAGCCAUAGAGAACGCCUUCAAAGAGAUGGAUGCCCAGAUUGAGAAGGAGAAGCAAGUCUAUAACAUUACAGGAGGAUGUACAGCCCUCACUGUGGUUUACCUUCUAGGAAAACUAUACGUUGGGAAUGCAGGUGACAGCAGGGCUAUCAUUAUUAGAAACAAUGAGAUCAUUCCCAUGUCGACAGAGUUCACACCAGAAUCGGAACGACAGCGACUGCAGUUCCUGGGUUUUAUGCAGCCUCACCUGUUAGGAAAUGAGUUCACACACCUGGAAUUUCCCCGGAGAGUUCAGAGGAAGGAGGUGGGCAAGAGGAUGCUCUACAGAGAUUUCACAAUGAAUGGAUGGGCAUACAAGACCAUUGAGGAUGAAGAUCUCAAGUUUCCCCUAAUAUACGGGGAAGGGAAAAAGGCACGGGUGUUGGCCACCAUUGGUGUCACCCGUGGGCUCGGUGACCAUGACCUCAAGGUUCACGACUCCAACAUCUACAUCAAACCGUUCCUUUCCUGUUGCCCCGAGGUUACGGUAUAUAACCUGACGCAGUAUGAGCACGGGGCUGAUGAUGUGCUGGUAAUGGGAACCGACGGCCUCUGGGACGUCCUCUCUAACCAGGAAGUAGCCGAAGCCGUGACCACAUUCCUAGCCAACUGUGACCCUGAUGACCUGCACAGGUACACAAUGGCAGCACAAGACCUGGUGAUGCGAGCACGCGGCGUGCUGAGGGACCGAGGCUGGAGGAUCACCAAUGAGCGUCUGGGCUCCGGAGACGACAUCUCGGUCUUCAUCAUACCGCUCAUGUAUGGCAACCGUCAGCCCUGAGGAGCCCCGACAGAGAUGCUGCGGUUCAAGGACCUGAAGGGCAUGUAGGCUCUUAAACCAACAGGACUGAUUAGUCCUGGACUUCAGUUUCCUUAAUGCCGUUUGCACAUUUCUUUUCCUUCUUAGACCAAGGAUAUACACAUAAUUGGAUAUUUAUGUUGGUGUUUCAUAUCUCUAUAGGAGUUCAUAAUUGGUCAGCCACCAAAUUUGGCUGCUCAGGGGAACUACAGUCAGCAAUGAUUUAUUCAUUUUCUAAAGCCUCAAAAAUCAUAAAACCUCCGAGGUGAAAGUUUAGACACAUGGUAAUUUAAUUUGCCAAAAGUCAAAGCUGUCAAGAAAUAAUUUGGCCUGUAUAAAGUAGAUAAAAGUGACGGAGCAACGUUGUUAGUGAAAGCAGUUCCGUAGAGGUUGACUGCCCCUGAACUUCUCCAGAGAUGUAAAAGCUGAAAUAGGCGAAAGUCUCUUCCAAAGUGAAGAAAAGACCCUCUUCUUUCUGUCCUUCUUACCUCUCUUACAGUGCUGUACAAUACUUGGAUCAAAUUCCUUCUAUUUCAGUCUUUCCUGUACUGUACAGUUAACUUGUUUGUGAAGAAAAUACCUCCUUCGUCUUGUGACCAUGGACCGAGCUGACAGGUCAGCUUAGUUUUCUGUUUUGCCACAGUGUGGCUUUGAAAGAGUCCCUUGCUGAAGAACUGCGUCCAGAUUGCUUUUCAGAUUACAGACUGAUGGCGAAAGCCUGUUGUCACAUAGAGAGUUGGGAGAGGGUGAGGGGGGGUUUACCUCUGUUCUACGAUGUAAGCAUUUUUCUGUGAAAGUGCACAACUGACCAACGUGGAACGCAAAAGGAAAGAGACUAGGACCUGAAGUUAACCACCUCAUAGAAGCAAGGCAGAUCAGGAAUCAGUUUUACUGUAAAAACAUAUGAGCCUGUGUGGCCUGUAUGAAAUCUCAAAGAUCAAUCAGAAUGUCCAAAAAAAACUCAAUCAGAUCAAUCAAAAACAAACAAACAGCCAAUCGAUUAAUCUGCUGGUCAUCAGUGAGUUUGUUUUAAGUGAUUAGCAGUCGUUGUUAGGCUGUUUUUAACUAUUUCGCGAUUUAACAUGAGUCUAUGAAACAUCCAUGCUUCAACAUUUAGGGAAAUGCAAUUAUUUGCUUUUUGCUAAGAGCUAAGAAGAUCAAUACCACUCUCAUAUCUGUGCAUUACAUAUGAAGCUAUAGCCAGGGGACAGUUAGCUUAGCUUAUCUUAAGACUAGAAGCAGGAGGAGAAAUAGCUAGCUUGGCUUUGUCUAAAUCAUUUUUUAAAAAAGCUCUCUAAACUCGAAUGAAACGUUACGUUAUAUCUCUUCUUUUUUUUGUCAGUGAAACAGCCAUAACUGUAACAAAAUCUGUCUAUGAGCCCCUCUAGAGUUCAAUAAUUAGCAUGUGAUAUGUCUUUUGUCCCCGUUGUUUGCUAAGACAGUUGGAUAAAGCAGUAACUUCUAAGCUAACUUACUGUAAGCUAAUGGUUUCUAGGCUGUAGCUUCCUGUUUAAUAUACAGAUAUGAAAGUGGCAUCAGUUACACAAGCUAAACCGAACAUUUGAAAACUUUGUGAAAAUUGAGUUAUCAAGAAACCCUUUUUACAUGUAGCAAAAUGCUAGAUUUGAUGACUUGUACAUCAGUGUACUCGCACUUUAGGCUGACCCACAUCAUUAACCAAGGAGCUGUGAUAUAUGAAAUGGUGAAGAGGCCAAUAUUCCCUGCAGCAGGGAGGAUUGAGUAAAAUUCAUAACCGUGAGCAUGAAAAACAAUCAAAGUCAUGGUGAACAGAAGUUUCACAGAGAAACUGAAAGCUUUUUUUUGCUUUAACAUGUUUGGCAUGUUUCAGAAGCUUUAGUCGCUUGAUACAGAUCACGUUUGUCUUCAGAGGGACAGGUUUGGGAGUAAUGAUGUGUGAUUUACUGUGUGUCAGUGCAUGCAGUGACAUAUUUUAGGCCUGGGAAUAUGAGCAACGGUGCAAUGGUUUACACUGCUGUUUGUUUUUAUAUGGACUGAAUUUGUAUUUCUGUAAUGUAUCAAAAGUUAGUGACAAUGUCAUUUUGUUUGUAAAUGUGCAGAUACCAUGCAUAUAUUUAUUAGGUUGUUUUUUCUUUUUAUCGUUAUUAGCAUCCCCGACAUUUAGCGUAAGAGCUAAGGGUGCGAUUUGUCGUAAA